AUGGCAGAGGUCCUGGAGCCCCCUGCAGAAGACGAUGCAGACAGUGUAGCUGGGGUGGCUGGGAUGGCCUGCAGUGAUUUGGGAGGCUGGAGCGUAGGGGUAGGGGGUGGCUUUUGCGCUGGAAGAUGGCGGGAAAGCCAGACUCUGCUGCAGCUCCCUUCGUGGGCUGUGGCUGCUGGUGGUGAAGGACCUGGGGAACUCUCUCCCAAAGCAGCCACACCAGGACCCCCUUUUUCUGCUGCAGUUUUGCCGGGAACAGAAGAACCUACCAGUGACACCAAGAAAAAAAAUGAUAUCCUACUUAGGGCUGUGGGAGACACCCGGAUAAUGAAAACAAAGAAGUGGGCUGUAGAGCAAACGCGAAUUAUCCAAAGGCUCAUUGACUUCAUUAAGAAGUUCCUUAAACUUGUGGCUUCUGAACAGUUGUUUAUUUAUGUAAAUCAAUCUUUCAUACCUUCUCAAGACCAGGAAGUUGGAACCCUCUAUAAGUGCUUUGGCAGUGAUGGUAAACUGGUCCUGUGUUACUGCAAAUCUCAAGCAUGGGGGUAAACCACAGAAAAAAACAACAUGCUAUCCAAAAUGAUUUUUCACAAAGGAAAUGUGUCUGAAAAGUUUUGCUGUCAGUGGAGAGACCUCAUGAGUAUGAACUGCCCAGCAUGUAUCUGCUCAGACUCAUGCAUAUGCAUAAGAAAACAUCCAUAAAGAGAAUGGAUUUGAUUCCCCCAAAAGAUGUGAUUAAUUUUAAUAUGCAAAUCAUCAUAAAAGAUUGACAUUAUAUGUCCAUUGUUCCUGACAGUAUGAUUGUUUCACAUGGUCCUCCAGGGUGAAAAGGAGACUAGAACUAUAUAAACUUCUUCAUUACAGGUUC